GGAGUGCGCAUGCGUGCCAGCCCGCUCCUGCAGCAUUGUGGGUACCAGUGAAUGCUAAAAUGGCGGAUCUGGCGAAUGAAGAAAAACCAGCCAUUGCUGCACCAGUUUUUGUAUUCCAAAAGAACGAAAAAGGGCAGAAGGAGGGACUUGAACCAAUGACCUCACCUACACUACCAUCAAGCAAGAGACCAGUGGACGCUUCCAGUCCUGAAGAAGGUGAAGAUUCUGACCGAGAUGAUGGAAAUUACUCUCCUCCAGUUAAACGUGAAAGAUCGUCGUCUUUCACACAGGUGUUCCCACCUUCACAGCCAGUUCCAAAGAAUAAUGUGUUUAUGCCAUCAAGUUUCUGCCAAGCAGCAGCUAGCAACUCUGACUCCGAACCAGACGAAAAGAACGUUGGCUUUCGACUGAAACCUCCGACCCUGAUUCAUGGCCAGGCUCCCAGUGCUGGUCUUCCUAGUCAGACGUCUAAGGAGCAGCAGCGGAGCGUUCUACGUCCGGCCGUCCUGCAGGCACCAGAGCCGAAGCCCAAUACACAAAACGUUACCAGCAGUGGCACCAAUGGUGUGAGCAAACAAACUGAAGAAGGAACCACGGCCUCUCCUAGAGCCCUGAAUAGCUUGUCGGAUACAGAGACUCCAUCAAUCAACCUAUCCCCAGCCACCAGCACUCAUGUGGAGAACACAAAAAAAGCAGUCUCGUCAGAACCCAAAUGUGGUUCUGAAAUUCUGGAGAAGAGCAAGAAUGAGGACCAGCCAGCGGCACAGGCCAACUUUGUGUUUGGGGAGAAUCUUCGUGAUCGAGUGAAGUUUAUGGAGGCCAAUAAUGUUUCAAGUGAUGUGAAGGGAGGGUCUACAGAUGGAGAAAUAUCACCAGCAACCAACUACUUCCUCCAGUAUAUCAAGCAAAGUGCCACAGGCCCACCCUCCACAGAGAAUGCUGAGAGCAAUGAGGGAAGCCCCACGUUUGUCUUUGGGCAGAACAUGAGUGAGAGGGUACUGAGUCCGCCACGCUCAAGUGACUUGAGCAGUGAAGGGAGCAAAGACCAAGUAUUUGGAGAAAGUGUGGCUGUUGCAGCUGGAUCAGUGACUGAGCCCUCAUCACAGGAAGCUACUCCUGAGAAAGCAGUAAACAGCGUGACUGAAUCACUGGAGGAAUCUGCAGCUGCUUAUACUAAAGCAACGGCUAAGAAAUGCUUGUUAGAAAAGGUGGAAGUUAUCACUGGGGAGGAGGCGGAGAGUAACGUACUGCAGAUGCAAUGCAAGCUUUUUGUGUUUGACAAGACCUCACAGUCCUGGGUAGAGAGAGGACGAGGUCUCCUUAGACUCAAUGACAUGGCGUCUACUGAGGAUGGGACGUUGCAGUCCAGGCUAGUGAUGCGGACCCAGGGCAGCCUGCGCCUGAUCCUCAACACUAAGCUGUGGGCCCAGAUGCAGAUUGACAAAGCCAGUGAGAAGAGCAUACGCAUCACAGCCAUGGAUGCUGAGGACCAGGGGGUCAAAGUCUUCCUCAUCUCGGCCAGCUCCAAGGACGCGGGGCAACUGUACUCAGCACUACAUCACCGGAUUUUGGCAUUGCGGAGUCGUUCUGAACAGGAAUUGGAGCCACUGUGCACAGUCUCAGAAUCGGGAGCGACGCGAUUAAAUGAGGAGGACAGUGAUGAAGAUGAUGAUGAUGAUGGCGUUAUCGUCCCUGCGACAUCGAGUGGUCAAUGUGACACAGAUGACAAACAGACGACAGGAAGCACAUAGCGACAUCUGAACCCAACCGCUUGCAAGGCUUCUGCUCCAGGUCUUGCAGCACUUGUGUGGAUCCCCCAGACCAGUGUUUGUCUCAGCCAGUGUUGCAGGAGGACUCCAGACUGGACCCAGCACAACUAUCUAGCAGUGUGUGCCUUCGUAGCCUAGUGUUCUGUCUGGAUGAGGCGCUUUCACACCAGUAGACUGAGACACUGUUGGUUUUCAGUUGAGGAGACAGAGGCUCAUCAUAUUGAUGAGUGAAACUUGUUCUCUUUGUUUCUGGAUGGUUCAGCAAGACAUUUCUCACAGUUUUCCAAUGGGACCGGUCUGUUCUUCACAGCCAGUGUGCACAAAGCUCUGGGUUGGGGAUCUCACUUGUUGCCAGUAUCUCUCACCUUUCUGUUCUGGUGGAUAAUGACGUAGAGGGCAGAGGUUUUGCAGUUUAGAAGACGUGAAUUCAACAGGAUGAUAUCUCAAAGCAGCGGUAAUGACAGGCUUCACCUCAGUGGACUUUGGCAAUGGGUCCGUGUUUCAUUUUCCCAAUGGUAUUACUGCAAUUUGUAUUGUGCUUUUUUUUAAAGAAGAACGGUUCUUGUGAAGAGUUGAGCGUGUGUGUGUGUGUUCACACAGUCCCGCAGCUCGUUUUUUUUUGUACACAAUAUUGUUGUUCUUAAAAAACCCAGGUAUCUUGUUUGGUUAAUUUGAGAAAAAGAAACCAGGGAGAUGCUGGGGAGAUGUCUGAGCUGUAAAGUGUGCUUUCCCUUUUAACUGUGUACUUGCUUUGGCAGCAAGCCUUGGAAGCGGAAAUCUAAUAAUUAAAUUUUAGCACAGAA